AUGGCUACACCGAAAAUCGUAGGGCCAGAACCAUUCCUUGGUUCACAACAUCGUAGUAUCAACAUCGGCGCCAAAGAUAAGUUCCCUUUUACCGCCGAUGAUACAGCUUAUUGCUUGAGUGUAUCUCUUAUUAUCUGUUUCACUACGAAUAUGAGAGUCUGCCUAAGGGCAUUCUCGAAGGCUCUGCACCUCAGUUCAAGUCUUGAACCGCUCGAGGAUAACCUUCCAGGUUUAAAAUCCUUGCCAAGUGGUACUCCCUUCGAGGUAACUUUCGAGCAAAAAAAUCUUUUCGGGCUCUGCACCCUUGUUCCGAUCUGGGCCAACUCAGGUGCAAGCUCUCAGGCGAUGUACUUUAAUCGGAUUCCGCUCCUUCAAAAGGCUCCACACCUCGAUUCAUAUCUUGAUCCGCUUCAGGUGUAA